UCAGCUUGAGAAACCCUACUCUAAAUGAUAAAAUAGCAGCCAACUCUCUUUCAAAUCACACCCUAUUUCCCUACUAUCUGAAAAAAGGAAAUUACACACAGGUCAUUGUAAUCUUAUAUGUACUAAAAAAAAAAAUAUAUAUAUAUAAGGACAGUGAUGGUCACAGGUAGAAUGACUGGUCAUACGUCUUUCAGGGCUGAUCUAACAAAACACAACAAAAAUGAGGAAAAAGUUAAUGGCUCUAAGUAAAUUCCGUGCUGUAAUCAACUCCAGUACAUUUUUCAUUGACACAUGAAACAAAGUUAAAUUUGAUAACAUUUUGACUCAGAAUAUAGAAGGAUGAAACAUUGUUUCUGUGAAAUCAUACUCUGGUAUGUAAGCAGAAUAACAAUGAAAUAAAAUGAAUACCAAAAUUUAUGAACAGGCCUCAAACUGUUAACUAUAUUGAACAUUCUGUAUGAGCAAGCAUUUGAGUGUCGUUAUUAUUUUUUAAAAAUAGAAAACACAAUUCUGUAUUAUAAUCGGUGGCAAUAACUGUGCAUGAGUUGUGUCAAAGUGAGUUACCAAAUAUAUAUAUUAAUGGAAACAGCCUUCAUCAUUUAGUGAUGAUAAAGUAAUUUUUUUGUCUAUAUUACUAAGGAGCUUUAUUUGGCUGCAUACGCCAAAGACACGAUAAAUGCAAUUUUAAUUCCAUCUAAGAAAUACAUUGUUGACAAACAAUAAUGUUUCUUUAAGCAUAUGUAUAUGAAAUAAAUAAGAAAUUAAUAUAUUUUAUCAACUAUAUUUUACUACACUUUUCGUCUUCCGUAAGUAUUAUUUGCCAAUCAAAACCAUUAACUUUCAGCUCCUUGGAUACCGGAAGCUCUUUCUGAUUACACUGCUCUAAAGUUUCUGCUGUUAUUUUCUUCAUGUUCUUACAAAAUAGGAUAUACGUGGCUAUAAAGAGAAAUCUCAUUUCAUCCAUUUAAGAGAAGAAGAGGAAGCUUAGAUUUUCUAUUACAUGAAUGGUAAUUGUUCUGAUAAAUUCUGUUUAAUGAUGAAGUUUGAGAACUGCUGAAGAUGAGCUCACAGUAAUGAUGGUGGACUAUCAAACACAAACAAGCAAAAAACAACUAUGUUCCUGGGUAUUUUUAGGGUUCGCAGAAAGAAGCAUCUCGUUGUGGCUGGAUUGCUUUGUAUUAUACUGUUUCUACUAUAUGAAAUCCAACAGCUAAGUUAUAUUGAUAAUCAGCAGAAACUGGAAACACCUUUACAUAAAGAGAAACAUAAUGUUGCUGAAAGUAAUGCUGUUAAAAAUAAUGAGCAAGAUGUAAUGCAAAACAUGUUAAGUGAAUUAGAAAAAGAUAAUGACAAUUUUAAUGAUAAUUUUGAUUCAAUCAAUUCUGAAGAUAUAAGUUGGGAAUUAAUUGAAAAGUUUAAAAUUGACUAUGAUGAUCAUUUUCAACCUAUUGUUUCACCUUGGGAUGUGUCUAAAAGUUGGGUUAAUUCAAGAGAAAUUUUUCCAGAUGUCGUUCCUGAGCUAGGAAUGGUGCUGAAAUCAAUGGCAAAUGAACCUGUGAUUUAUGCUGACAUUGCUCCCAGAGGAACACAACUGAAACUCUUGCUAGUGUUAAAGGGAGGUCAAAAGGUUCUGUUUAAACCAAAAUGGUUUGAAAGAGACCAAGUGAUUGAAGGUCCUCCAUAUGCAGGACAGGAUCGACACAAUGGAGAAAUUGCAGCAUUUCAUUUAAGCAGAAUUCUUGGCUUUCGCAGGACACCUUUGACAGUGGGCCGUUAUUUAAACUUGCAGACUGAGGUUAUUCCUGUGGCAAGUUCAAGAUUGUUAGAUACAUUUUUUAACAAAGAUAACAACACUUGCUUUUAUGGAAAAUGUUACUACUGCAAAGGGAAAGAAAGUGGUGUGUGUGCCCAGAAGACCACCCUCGAAGGUACCAUUGUUCUUUGGAUCUCUCAUAAAAUGCAACUUUACAGACAUCCAUGGGGCAGAACAUACAUUGACAACAAACUAGCUAAGUGGGAGACCGAUUCUAAAUUCUGUGAUAAAGUUCUUCAAACUGACAUGUACAAAUUAGGAAUUCGACUUCUAGAUAUCAUCGAUACAUCAGUAUUUGAUUAUAUUAUUGGUAAUGCUGACCGGCAUCAUUAUGAAACUUUCCAUGAAUUCCCAGACAGCAUGGUGAUUAUGCUAGACAAUGGUAAAAGUUUUGGCAAUCCGUAUCAUGAUGAAUAUUCGAUCCUUGCUCCUUUGUAUCAAUGUUGCAAAAUUCGACAGUCUACUUAUGAUCAGUUGAAAAUGUUGAAAAAUGGUAUUUUGUCCAAAGUUUUAGAAGCUGUCCUCUUAUUUGAUCCAAUCUCCCCUAUUCUGAACAAGUUCCAUUUACGUGCUAUUGACAGACGCCUGCAUCAGCUCUUAACAACUAUUGAUAAUUGUGUGAAAGAACAAGGCAUGCCUAAUGUAAUUAUUAGUGAAGAAAAACUCAUUCCGGAGAAACAUGUUGAAACAUGAAAAAAGAUGGACCCUCACUUGCAGUGACAAGCAAUCGACAAGAAUUGUGAUUGGAAUAAAGAUCGAAAAGGUGUAUGUUAUUGUGCCAUGAGAUGAUGUAGAGUUUCAUGUUUUGGAUUUUCAGCCCCCCCCCUUCCUACCACUUGUCAUGGGGGUCCCUGUAGAGGAUUAUGAAUAUAAUCCUUCUUCCACUGACUAAACCAUUAAAAAAAAAAUCUUAAACCUUUACUUUCUACACUGCUUCAUUAGCAGUUUCUGCUCUUUCAAUGUAGUUAGCUGAGUACCACCUCAAUACUUCUCCAUCUUAUGUACCCAUCUCUCCUUGUCUCCCCUCUUGUAUCUUACUACCUCUUCCCCAGAACACUUAACCCAAGCCCUACCCAAAACUGCAGGCAGCCCUCUUACAUCCCCUACCAUCUAACUAUUCCUUGCUCACAUUUUCCUCAUGGGUGUCCCCCUAUGGAAGUUCAAGUUAAACACCAAUCAACCACAUCUACUUCACAACCAAUAAGCAAGUUUCUACAUGGUCAUUUGAUCUGCUAGAAAUACCAUCCAAGUCUACAUAUCACACACAAUCAUUUUAAAAUGGCAGGACACAAUGAAUAAGGUUAAUUCAAAAUACACUGUCUGAAGAUAAAAUGUGAUGGUCAAGACUGAAUGACUUUGGUCAUAGUUCUGCUUAGUUAAGACAAAACAACAUCAACCUCACCUGUCAGGAAGGUCUUGAAUACCAUCUUUCCUCCUGACACUACUGAUGUAUGUAAGUAUGCAUGCAUGCAUGUACGUACGUACAUAUAUAGAUACAUAGAUAGAUGUGUGUAUAUGUAUACACACACAUAUAUCAUCAGUAACACAUAAAUCUGAAAACGAAGCAUACUCUUGGUUGUAGAUCAGUAGAGUAUAUAGAUAAAGAUAGAUACGGUUGGUCUAUGGGAUCACAUCCAUAAAGUACUUAACUUUACAGCAUUUCUUCAGACCUUAGACUCCUUAGCCCAUGGCUUCUCUAGCAAGUACUUAUGACCUCUCAAGGACUCUCUAGCAGAGAGGCCAUAGGCCAACAGGUUUAGGGUCUGAAGAAAUGCUGUAAAGUUAAAUGCUUUACGGACAUGAAACCUAGGGUAACCCCAUCGACUGGCUAUGUCUAUCUAUCUAUCUAUCUAUAUAUAUAUA